CUCUGGUGUGGGGGGAAGCCAGAUGCGCUCAAGUUCUCCUCAAAAAUCUGUGUAAGGAGAUGAGACACGGGAGAGCGGGCUGGGGAGCAGAGCAUCCCGGCGGGGCCGCGAUGGAGCCGGUCCUGCCGGGGAUGCUCCGCUCCCUCCCAAAGCCUGCCUUCCCCGGGGAGGCGUUUGAAGGCUCCCUUUCAUCCGCGCACCCUGCGCAGAGUAAACACCUCCCGUAGCCCCAGCCAGGCGGGCGAGGUCUGGAGCGGCUGCAGCCGCGGGCAGGACCCCGGGGGCAGGCAGGGCCGGUGUCCCGCUGUCCCCGCAGCCGAUAGGCGCCGUGCCAGCCCGGCUCCGCGGGCAGGCUCGCCCGGCAGAGCGGCUGCGGUGCUGGCAGGAGCCGGCUGGCCUGCCCGCAGCUCUGCCCGGUUAUAUGGGCAGCCGCGGAGGUGGGGCUGGGCUCGGCCCCGCUCGUCAGCAGCAUCCCGGGCGGCGGGACAGCGAGCGCUCGGCAUCGGCGAGUAACGGGACUGGCCGCCGCGAGAUGGGCAGGAAGCUGGACCUCUCCAAGCUCACCGAUGAGGAAGCCAAGCAUGUCUGGGAGGUCGUUCAGCGGGACUUUGAUCUGAGGAAAAAGGAGGAGGAACGGCUGGAGGAGCUGAAAUGCAAGAUCGACCAGGAGAGCAGCAAGAGGGAGUUCCUGACCAGUCAGUCCCACCUCAACGAGACCCACUGUGUGCACUGCCUGCAGCCCUUCAAGUUCCUGCUGAACAGCAAGCGGCAGUGCCUGGACUGCCGCUUCUACACCUGCAAGAACUGCAGCCGCUACAACAAGAAGGAGCAGGGCUGGGUCUGCGACCCCUGCCGCCUCUCCAGGAUCGUGAAGAUCGGCUCCCUGGAGUGGUACUACGAGCACGUGCGGUCCCGCUUCAAGAGGUUUGGAAGUGCCAAAGUGCUGCAGUCCCUCUAUGGCAGGCUGCAGCCGGGCCAGGGGCUCAACUCUGCCUUUCUGGGUCUUCAUGACAGAGUUUAUAGCCUGCCAGACAUUAACAGAGAGUGCCAGCUGCUCAGCAGCUGUGACGCCGGCGAUGACAGCGACGAGGAAGACAACGUCCUUCGUGGGGCUGAAGCAGAGCGCUACAGCAGGAUGUGCAAGACAAAGCGGCUGCUGUCUGUGCACCCCUUUGAUUUCGAACUGGACUCGGAUUACUCUGCUCAGUCUCGCCGCCAGUCUGUGCAGCUCUCUCCAGCAGCCAACAGCCCGGAUGCUUUCCAGUCCUUCCCAGAUUUCCCCAACUCAGCUGAAGAUGGCUCCCAGGAGUCGAGGGUCACGGAUGCAGACCUGGUGUUCCACCACGUCCUGCAGGAGCCGGGCGUGAGCGCUCCGGAGCAGCACUUCAGCACCGAGGUUCGGCUCACCCUCAACGCACGGAGGAGGAGCCUGGAAAGAAACCCAAAGCCUGGCCUGCCCUGGAACGAGCCGCCCCGGGCGCGGUACUCGGCCGACAUGGACACCUCGGAUGAGGAGGUGAGGGGAGCCCAGCUCCCAGCCCACACCACCAAACGCAGGAACAGAGCCUCCUCCCAGGAGAACAUCAGCCACUCCUCCAACCAGAUCCAUGAGCUCAACACUCGCAUGUCCGCAAUCGAGCGCGUGCUGAACCGCUUGGAGGAAAAAAUCCUGGCGCGCCCUGACGAGUCUCUGGCUCCAGAGUCCCACACUGACCCCGAUGCUGAGGAGGAGGAGCUGAAGAGGAAGCUGGAGGAGUUAGCCAGCAACAUCAGUGAUAAAGAAGUCUCCUCUGACGAGGAGGAGCAUGUAGAAGAGAAGAGAGCAAAGAAACCAGAGCUGAGUUCCUCCAGCGAGGCCAUGGCCAGGGAUGUUCGAAAGAGGUCGUCGGCUCAGGCUUUGAGUGAGAUCACGGCCAAAGUGCUGAGAGCCAUAAACGCCACGGAGGAGGCGGUGUGGGAGUCGGUGCAUGGACACAGCCAGGGCUGGGCCCUCCCUGCUGGGCAGCUCCCAGGCCUGCCACAUGGGAAAGAGGUGGCCGAAGUGUACCAGGAGCUUGAGGAAAAUGUGUACCUGACUGCUGGAAAGGCCUACCAGCUUGAGAAGACCCUGAAGGAGCUUGAGGAAGGGGCUCAGCACAGCGGCACUACUGACUUGGAGCUCUCGGAGCUGGAGGACAAAGUGGCCUCAGCAGCUGCUCAGGUGCAGCAGGCAGAGAGUGAGAUAUCGGACAUCGAAUCCCGAAUUGCAGCCCUGUCUGCUGCAGGGCUGACAGUGAAGUCUGUGGAAAAGGCAAAGAAGAAGUCAAGUGUGCAGGCUGCCUGUCUCCAUUCUCCUGCUCCUGCCAGCAGCAGUCCUGGGGAGUCUCUGGAUGACAUUAAAGCGAUGCCCGGACUGCAGAGGUUCAGGAGGAAGUUCAACAGCCCCCUGGAAAUCACCAGUUUUGAUGACUCCUUUGAGCGCAACUCGGCGUACCGCGGCUCGCUGACGCAGAGGAACCCCAACGGCAAGAACAGGAGGGUGGAGCGGCUCUUCGCGAAGCCUGUGAUGACCCACCUGUCCUGAGGAGAGGGGAGCUCCCUGCUGCCGCAUUUCAGUGAAGAUACAAGACCUCAGCAAAACAAAGCCUCUCUCAGCCUUCCCUGCAACACUUUUCUCCUCCUUCUCCUGAGCCCCUCUCUCCCUGAAAGCCUGGACAGAAAGGAAGCCAGAGGCCAUGGGCAGGAGGCCUUGCUGGGAGUUGAUGGGAAGAGGAGCAAAGCCCUGGGGUGCAGCCAUGUGGCGUGGGGUUCUCAUGGGAGGGUGCUGGAAUGAGACCUUGGGCUGGGGCAGCUCUUUGGUGCUGGGUCAGCCGAGGGGACCAGAGAGGUACAGAGCAGGAGUGACCUCCUUGGGGCAGCUGGGUGUCAGUGUGACAUUCAGCUCAGGGACAGGGCAGGGACACAGCCCUCGCCUGGCAGAAGCUGUCAGUGCCUGUCCCUGCUCUCUCCUGGCUGCUGUGAGCAGGGACAGGAGCUGACAGUGAGUGGGGAAUGCCCUUGGGGUACCCCAGGCAGAAGAGGCAUCCCAGUGCUGGGAUUCACAUCCUGAUGGUCCCAAUCCCCUGCCAUGUCCCAUGGAGCUUUGUUUCUCUUCCCUGAGCAGCAAAGCAGGAUGAGAGCAGUGCUGCUCCCUCCCAGUGAGCCCUUGCUCUUUGCCCCAAGCAUGCAAACACCCACCAAGCCUGAAGCAGCUGAGGCCAUCAGGGCAUGGAAGUGAGGCGAGGCCUGAGGGAAGCAGUGGCAAGAAAAGAGGGAGGAAAGGCUGGAGGGCUUGCUGGGGAUAUUGGUUUGCUUUUCCAGCUCUUGAAAACAUCUCCACUCCAUGUGAGGCUGUAUCAGACACAGAACCCCAGCCUGCAGAGUGUCGGUGCUCCUCUGCUCCUCAGAGGGCUCAGCCCCUGCCAGGAUGCACUUGGGUGGAUGAGCAUGUCCCCUGUCCCUGGUGAUGGCACUGUGGAGCCUCUUAGAGCCACCCCAUCCUUUGUCAGCACCGUGAUGACCUUUGGGAGCUGCAGCAACCCUGGGCCCUGGUGUCAGCCUCGCCCAGCUCCCCCAAGACGUUGGUUUUCCUCCAAUAUUCAACUCUCCACUGAUCCCAGUGGAUCAGUACUGGCCCCAUACCCAUGAGCAGAGCAUCAGGAUGGGCAGAGGGUUGCUUUCUCUUGCAGUCACUUUGGAAGAGGUUUUUUGUUCUGUCCCUGUCCUUUACAGCCCCCACUCUCCUCCUUCCCUCCCUCCCCAGUGGGCAAAGUGGGGAGGAUCACUCACAGCUGGAGCAGGGACAUCAGACCAGUGCAGAGUUUCCCCUCCAUGGCCACCCAGGCUGGAUCAUUUUAGGCAAUUCCUGAGCAUCCGAGCUAAAACCACUUUAAUUACAAUCAGUAGGGUGAGUUCUUAUGCAAAUAACACUCAUUUGGCUUUGCUAGGAGUAGAGGCUGCUAACUGUGUAGGAAUUGGUCCUGUGGUCAUCCCAGAGAGUAUUGUGAGUCCAUAGGCUGGGCUUCCCAGCUGGAAACAAGGCUAUUUUCUUAUUUUAAAAUUAAAUCCUUGUGGCCUGAAGCUCAACAGGGUAAGUGCAAACCUCUGCUGUGGCAGAAACCCUCCCAGACACUGUGGCUUCACUGGAUCCAGCCUGUGCUGUGCUGGGAUGGCAGCUCCUGGGCUGGAAAAAGGGAGCUUCACCAAGGGUUUGCACCCACCCUUCUGGCAUCAGGCUUCAGCCUUCACCCAGCCCCAUCUCUUGCUUGUCUGGCUCCAUCCAUGACUCCAGUCCUUCCAGUCCUGACCCUGUGGAGGAAUCCUCGUGGGGAACCUCAGCAGUGCAGACCAAGGCAUCGCUCAGUAGCCACCCAUGUUGUUCUUUGCUGGUUUCCUGACCCGUUUGCCUGUGUAGAGUUUAUAAUAAAUGUUCACUAAAUCAUGCAAUAAAGCCAAUUCUGUGUCCAGAACCACCA